UGGCGACUGUCGCACACGACACAAAAUGCGAAAAUAGAUAACUUCCGUACUAACCUACUCGUACUGCCAGUUAGCUCGCAAGCUCAAUAACGGAGUAUUCAAUAAUAAAACGUAAUAAAACGAUUAACAUACGUUUAUUAUAUCAGUUGAAGAGCUUAAUGUGAAUUGACAGCUACUCAUAUUGAGUGUCGAUGAGCAGAGGAUGGACUUCAACAGGACUAUUCUAGUGACUGGGGGUUCUGGAUUUAUUGGUUCUCAUCUUGUGUGUACACUGGUCUACGCACACCCUGACUGGAGAAUUGUUAACCUGGAUAAUUUGGAUUACUGCUGCAGUCCCAAGAGUCUGGAGAGCGUUGAAGACAGAGCAAACUACACCUUUAUCAGAGGAGAUGUGUGCAACUCACGGCUGGUGAAUCACAUUUUCACAACGGAAAACAUCGAUGUUGUCUUUCACCUGGCAGCCAAAACGCACGUCGAGUCAUCAUUUGAAUCCCCGUCUACCUUCCGGCGCGUUAACAUCGACGGAACCAGGGUUUUACUGGCAGCAGCCCAUCGGGCGCGACACCAGCCGAGGCGUUUCAUCUACGUCAGCACUGAUGAAGUUUACGGAGCCAGUCUGGAUGAAGUGUUUGACGAGAACAGUCCGGUGAGGCCCUCCAAUCCGUACUCCGCCACUAAAGCAGCUGCUGAGUACCUGGUCAGGUCAUACUGGGACAAAUAUAAGUUUCCCAUCAUCAUCACCAGGAGCAACAACAUCUACGGGCCCAGGCAGUACACUGAGAAGGUCAUUCCAAGGUUUCUCUCCCUCUUGCAAAUGGACAAGAAAUGCACAAUCCAGGGAACCCUCCCUAAAUCCCGCCACUUCCUGUUUGUCGACGACGCCAUCAACGCCUUCUUGUUGGUUCUGGAGGAAGGGAUUGUGGGAGAAAUCUACAACAUGGGAACAAACUGCGAGAUUCCCAUCAUACAACUGGCUCGGGAGCUUGUUCAGAUGGUCAAGAACGUGCCAGACUCUGAGGUGACCGACUGGCUCGAGUUUGUGCCUGACAGGCCACGUGUCGACCUGCGCUACCCCAUCAAGUGUGAGAAGCUGCAGCAGCUAGGCUGGAGAGCUCAGGUGUCCUGGGCUGAAGGCAUCAGACACACCGUCAAAUGGUACCUAGACAACCCGGACUUUUGGUCAGACACAAGCAAGGAUCGUGGACCAAUCAGAGGCGAGCCUGAACAAGCUAUCAACAAAUAAGUGGACUCGGUUGUUCUUCGCAGACAGACGGAGCAGCGACUCGAAUUAUUUCACAUAUCUGUGUAGCACAGAUGCUAAUAUGGCUGAUUUACAGCCAUAUUAGCAUUAGCAUGCGGUAUAGAAAAUGGAUGGAUGAUUGUUGGACCAAUUGGCUCCCCAAGUGCCAGACAACAGGAAGGCAGUGCCUCCCUUCAAACCAAAGUUUCACCUGGAAAUCAAAGCACUUUAUCUUGAUAUUAAUGACUGAUGUUGACAAGAGGUGUUAUUUUGCUGAAACAUACCCUGCGGAAUAUGUAGACAGUAAUUCCACGAGGUAUGUUUCAGGAUUUAUGUGAAGCUAUGUACCUGAUGUCUUUGUCUCAUUUCCAACGCCAGGUUUCCUUUGAAGUUCAUAUUCAGUAGGUAGUUUGUAAAUCUGAUGAUCAAAUAUACGCCGGUGUCAGUCGGCUAGCUUUUGAGUAGCGUUAAAACGGAAGGAAAGGAAGUUGAAGUGCAGCGAACUGUCUAUCGGUCAGUUGUGUUUUAUGCACAUUCUAAAGAAAUAUUUUUUUUAUAUCAUUUGUAGAAUGUAUUUAAUUGCAAAUAAAUAAUAUUCAUUUAAAGGUAUUGUACACCGUUUUUUGCUUUGCCCAAUCAUCUAAACUCCCACACUUUUUAAAGACACACAUAUGAAGAGGAAGGAGAAUGAAAACGCCGAUUACAUUUGCAAAUCCAAACUUUUAUUUGUGGUAAAAUCAGAAUAGAUGCACAGUUUUCUUCUUCGUGCAGUGCUCCUCUUCGUGCACAACUGCUAAAACUAAUACACAAAGCAAAUACUAACUAGCAGGCCAGAGGUGUUAUGUGUCCACGCUGAGGGGUCUGGCCAGUCAGUAACGGCGACAACACUGGGCUUUAUUUAAUUUCAGUUCAGUCUCUAAAAUGCAAUCAUUCCUAAACAUGACUACACAGUUGUUGUUUUUUUUUUUUUUUUGUUUUGUUUUUUUUGCAAUAACCAUCCUAUGUUUAUUGAACUGAAAGUUAAAUUAAGCUGCAAGUGUUGUAUUCGUUUGGUGUCCUCACUUUGUUUCCCAGAAUGCCUUUUGUCAGCAGCUUAAAACUUACACGAUUGUUUUUCUGCGUACAAAAAAGGCAGAAAAAUGUGGUGUACCAUCGGUUUGAUCUGUCACUGAAAUAGUGGACCUUGCUGGGGCUGCAUUCUGGUCCGUUGAGGUUGCUAUUGUUGGACACAUGGAUUUGUCCCGGAAAAGGUGCAGAAUGCCUGUGCUAUAAACCUAUAGUAACAUUACAAACAGCUGCAAAUAUCAUAUGCUCAUACAAGAGGCAGAUGAGGACCUGAAUCAGGUUUAAGUUGCACUAAAAACUCCUUCAAGUAAAUGACGCCUGCAUGGACGUCACCAGGUCGUCUUUUUUUUUUUUCCCCCCUCCCCAUUUCUGAUUGGCCAGAGGCUCCCGCAAAUGAGCAUCAACACACUGACGCCUGAACAUAUGCAAAUCACAACAACUAGAACCACAGUUAAUUCUGUGUUAUGAAGACUUUAAAGAUCACCACUUGCCAGACAUUCACAACAAGGGUAUUAACAGGAAGGAAAAGUGUACAGACUAAAAAAAACAAACAAACAAACAAAAAAAAAACCAAAACAGAACAAAACAAAAAUAAAAAACAACAUCUGACUUGGAGAGAAUCUGGACACUUGUUUUUUGUACUGCAUGUUGUUGCUGUUCUUUUUUUUUUUUUUUUUGUUGGUAUUUUUUUUUUUACAAAAUGGUCUUUGAUCGUAACAUUUUGUUAAUUUUCUUUUAAUCCAAACCUUGGCAUAUAUGAUGGUGUUGUCUCAAAUUUUGUCCGCCAAUUAAAAAAAAUAUGGCUGUU